AUGAAACAAUUCAAAAAAUCGCUUGUUUCAGGAAGCCCUGCACAUGCAUCUUUGUCCUCGGAAAAGGCAACUUCAAAGCUUUCGAAAACAGAAAUAGCAGGUUCGACUUUUACUGAGGCCGAAAAUAUUGAUGCUUCUUCGAAUUCAGAAAAUGUACAAAGCUUAGGUCAAAGCGAAUCGUCAAGAAACUCAACUAUCUCACAGAUACCCGUAGAACCAGGGAAAGCUUCACCUCUUCCACCAUGUGAUGGAGAGAGAGUGGUGUCCGAACGUGUUCUUCGCUUGGCAAAUGAAAUAACCAACUUAACAAUUUUUGAAGUAGCGGAGUUAAAUUCUACUCUGAAAAAGAAAUUAAAUCUACCUGAUACACCAGUAUUUGCUUCACAUCUUACAACCUCAAUACCCGCUACUGUUGAAGAUGGAAGUGGAAUGGAAAAAAAUGAACCUCAGCAAUCGCAAAAAACAUUUUUUUCUGUAAAGUUAACAAAAUUAGAUGAUUCGAAAAAAAUUCCCCUUAUCAAAGAAAUUCGUACGAUUAUGGAAGGUUUCAAUUUGGUGCAAGCAAAGAAGUUUGUAGAAGCGUUACCUGCAACCGUAAAAGACGAUUUAAGUAAAAGUGAGGCUGAAGAAUUAAAGGCAAAACUUGAAAAAUUGGGUGCUGUUUGUGAAAUUGUUUGA